AUGACGGUGCAAGCUACCAUGACAAAAAGAAGAAAGGAAUCGCCAUUGACAUCAAGGGUUGAUGAACUUCCUGCACAUAUCUUGAGAUCAAUCUUCCACAGGAUAAAUUUCAAUGAUCUUGUUCAAGCCAAAUCCGUUUGUCGUUCAUGGAACUUACUUGGAGACGAGCUUACUUCAAAGAUGCCAUGGCUCAUGCUUCCUUCCAAGAAACAGGUUGAGGAAGGAGAUGGUAUUAACGUUAACAACAAUGGCUACCAUGGGUUUUUGAAUCUCAUGGAAAAUCAUCUUUAUAGCUUGAAGACGACGCCCAAGGAGUUUAGUGAAUGUUGCUGCAUUGGUUCUUCACAUGGAUGGUUGGUUUUCUUGCAAGAGAAGGCAGUCCCGUUUCUGUUUAACCCUUUCAAGCAAGUGAAGAUCGAACUCCCUUCUGUCGAUCGUCUGCUAGGGUUGGAAAAGAUGAAAGCGAUUCUGAACGACAAUGGAAACUGCGGUCUGGUUUUGCUUUGUAAUAAUGGUGAGGAGAUUGCAUAUAAUGCAAUUGGAAGCGAUUAUUGGACUGUUCUUGACGUUCUUCAUCCACCCUAUCAGGAUAUUAUAUGUCAUCGAAACCGUCUCUAUGCUUUGAGCGACAAAAACAGUAUCAAAGUCUGGGAUUUAAACAUCGGAGGCAACCAUGUCGUCAAAAAGUCCGACUUCGUUUAUGCUUUUCCCGAAAAGUCGCUUGCCGAAGAAAAAUCGUUGAGAGAUGUUUGCACCUGCAGGUUUUACUUGGUUGAAUCGUGUGGGGAUCUUUUGUUUGUGGUGAGGUUCAUUGGGGAUUAUGUGGAUUGGGAUGGGACAUUGCUACAUGAACAUGAUCUUUUGACAGAAGCCAGCAAUCACCCUAAGGUUUGUCCUUUCAGGAUCUUGUUCCAUGUUUACAAGAGGGAUUUUAAUGAGCUCAAUGAUGAUUGCUGGGAGAGGAUGGAAGAAGAUUACUUGUAUGGAGAGCUUGAUAUGGGGAUAUACAACUUGAAAGGUGGAAGCUUGAAGCCAGUUUUUGAAUUUUCUUCGGACAAGAUUCAGCCAGACCCAGCCAUGUUUGAAUCCUAG